AUGGCCCCGACCGCGACUACUUUGCCUGCAUCGUCUACCACUUCCACAGCUUCUGCAACCUGUAUCAGUGUUGCUCCUGGGAAGAAUGGAUACCUUCCACCUGAGUCGUGCGAUGUUAUUCUAUACUAUGUUCCAUCGUUCGCAGCAGCUAUAUUAUUCUGUGUCCUAUUUGGUUUGACUGCCAUCAUGCAUCUCGUCCAAGCAUUUAUCUACAAAAAGCCAUACGCGUGGGUAAUAACUAUGGGCUCAGCCUGGGAACUAAUAGCCUUUAUCUUCCGAGCCCUCCAAACAAGACAUCAAAACAACGACAAUUACGCCACAUUGUUCACAGUCUUCUUCCUUCUAGCCCCAAUCUGGAUAAACGCCUUCCUAUACAUGACCCUAGGCCGAAUGAUCUACUACUACCACCCACAAAAAAAUCUAGCAAGAAUAUCCGCCCAACGCUACGGCCUAAUCUUCGUCACAUUGGACAUAGUCGCCUUCAUAGUCCAGCUAGCCGGCGCAUCAAUGACAACAGGCACAGACACAGAAACCAAAACCGUCCUACUGGGACUGCACAUUUACAUGGGCGGCAUUGGCAUGCAGGAAUUCUUCAUCCUGUGUUUUUUGGGACUGUUUAUCCAGUUACAUCGGAUCAUACAUCGUAUGGAGCGUGACGGAGAGCUGGCGAUGGAGAAGGCGCAGGGCGUGUUUUCGUGGCGGUGGUUGUUUUAUUCGGUUUAUUUUGUGUUGGGAAUGAUUACUAUUCGAAUCAUCUUCCGCAUUGCACAAUAUGCCCAAGGGACGUCGACCAAAAACCCUGUUCUCACGCAUGAGGAGUAUGAAUACGUUUUCGAUGCUGUGCCUAUGUUAUUCGGGUUGAUAGCCCUGAAUAUCUUCCACCCCGGGAGGAUUCUGCAAGGGCCGGACUCGACCUUCCCGAAGAAAAGUCGAGCGGAGAAGAAAGAAUUGAAGGCUCAGAAGAAGGCGAUUAAGAUUGAGAAGAACAUGGAAAAGAAGCGGUUGAAGCAGAAUGGUUGGGAGCCGUCCGAGUCGGAGAAUGGGCACUUUUGUGAGCCGCUCGAUGAACGGGUUCAGGUACCGGAUGAAAAUGUUGGGUCAGGGCGGUUCCACAAUGUUUGA